GUUUGACAUUGACAGAUGUUAACUGUGUCACAUCGAAAUGUGAUAAAUUUAUUAUAAAAAAAAACUGGUAUAUUGGUAAAUAAUUAUUUAUAUAAUAUAAAGAUGAGUAAUAGAAAUCGAGAAAUGAAUUACAAUGGUUCCCAGUUAAAGAAGAAGGAGAAAUCCAGGUCUCGCUCGCGUUCGCCGAGAAGACACGAUGAAAGGCGCGUUAAAAAAGAACUAGACGAAGGCAAGCAAUCGGCUAAGCCUUUAGAAAACAUAGGAUUAGGUGCCAAGAAUAGGUUGAAAAGCGUUAGCAUCCAAAUGAAACUGGCCGACAUGAAGAAAGAGCCCGCCGUAAAACCUAAAUUAAGUGUAGCCAAUGUUUUUAAUCAGGACAGCGAUAGUGAACCCGAAGAAAUGCCCCCUCAAGCGAGAAUGCGCAUGAGGAACAUAGGGAGGGAUACACCUACAUCGUCGGGGCCAAACUCGUUCGGGAAAACCAAACAAGGAUUCUCUGAUGCGAAGAAAUUAUUCGAGAAAACAAUGCGGGAAGCCAUGGAGAGCGCGCGACAGGACGAUUGAAAAUCCUCUUUAGCGAAAAUUAAUUCGAUUGUAGUAUAUUUUAUUUAAUUUCCUAUACCUAGAAAAAGAUAAAUAUGUUAUUAUAAUUCACCUUUUGUAUAAAAUAAUGUAGCGAUUAUUAGUCUACAUAUCUUUUACCAAGAUGUGUAAGUAGACUGAAGUAUGCGACGAAAUUCAGUCAUACACUUAACAGGGAUGUGAUUAGUUUGUAAUCAAAUGUGGAAUAAAAUUUGCCCGAAAAUACGGGUGACUAGAUUUAUUUAGUGAAGAGUCGAAAUAAAAAUAUUAAUCCAG